AUGAGCGGCCCCACCAUCGCCUUCAUCGACUGCUCCGCCGGCAUUGCGGGUGAUAUGCUCCUGGGCGCGCUGAUAGAUGCCGGUGCUCCACUAGACGAGAUCAAGCGCGGCCUCGAGUCGCUACAUGGUAUCAAAGGUGAAUGGGAGCUCAGUACCAAAAGAGUGUGGAAGGGACCUGGUAGUAUUGCUGGCACCAAGGCAGAUGUAGGAUCCAUCUACCAGCAUAAAGAGGCUGGAGCGCCCACACCCAGUCACGCUCUGCAGCAUGACCACGGACAUGAACACGGUCAUAGUCACAGUCAUGGACAUAGCCACACGCACAGCCAUGGCCAUGACGAUACACACACUCACGAGGAGGAGGCUUUGGUCGAGAUGAGCCAUGAUCACUCACAUGACCACGAUCAUGAUCAUGACCACGAACAUACGCACGAACAUGUUCACGGCGGGGAGGAAGGAGAGCCCAUGCGUAAUUUGGACGACAUUAAAGCUCUUAUUGCCGAGAGUGAGCUAUCAGACUGGGCGAAGGAAAAGAGCGUCGCUGUGUUCACGUUGCUGGCUCAGGCGGAGGCUCAUACGCACGGCACGUCACUGGAGGAGAUUCAUUUCCACGAAGUGGGGGCGAUUGACAGCAUUGUCGACACCAUUGGCUCGGUGAUCGCAUUGGAUCUGCUUGGUGUACGUGAAGUACACGCCUCAUUCUUGCCAUUUUCUUCGGGAAUGGUCAAGUGUAUGCACGGAGUCCUUCCCGUUCCUCCACCUGCUACGUUCCGGUUGAUGAUUGGCGUCCCUGUGUGUCCUGCUCCCAAGGGAGCCAAGGGGGAGCUGGUGACGCCAACAGGUAUCAGUCUUGUGAAGGCGUUGGCGUCCACGUUUGGCGAGCCACCAGCGUUCAUUCCGACGCAUACUGGCGUUGGGGCUGGUACGAAAGACUUUCCGGAACAUGCCAACAUUGUCCGGAUUGCAAUUGGAACGAAGAUCGACCCUAUGGCAACUCAAAAGAGCUACGUCAAUCCUGCCGCUACCUUGAGGUCUGCCGAGUCUACCUCUUGUCUCUAUACAUCGGAGAGAGUCGUCGUUCUUGAGACCAACUUGGAUGAUUUGAACCCGCAGGUAAUUGGCUACGUCUCGGAGCGACUGCUGUCGGAGCAUCACGCACUUGACGUUUGGAAACAACCCAUUCAGAUGAAGAAGAACCGACCUGGCGUUUGCCUCAGUAUUUUAUGCCGCGCUGAACACGAGCGGGAGAUUUUAGAGGCGAUUUUUCGUGAGACUACAACGUUAGGUGUCCGUCGGUAA